AUGCAGAAGACCUCAGAGAUUGCUCAAAAGAACCACGAUGAGAGCAUAAAAGAGUUGAAGAAUCAAAAUAGAAUGUUGGAGAACCAAGUUGCUCAACUCGCUGAUACUUUGUCAAAAAGGCAACCGGGUAAACUUCCAGGGCAAUCUACGCCGUCUCAAGAUCACACUAGAGAGAGUGCUUGUGCCAUUGUUCUUCGGAGGGUUGAAACCCCGGGUGUUGAGAAUGAAAUAGAGAAGAAGGAAAGCGGCAAGGAGAAGGUUACUGAUUCUCUCCCUUUUUCACCUACACUACCAUUUCCUCACCGAAUGCAGAAAACAAAGGUUGAUCAACAGUUCGGUAAGUUCUUGGCUAUGGUCAAGAAUCUCGAGGUAACGAUUCCUUUCACUGAUUUAAUAUCUCAGAUUCCUAUGUAUGCAAAAUAUUUAAAGGAAUUAAUCACUAAGAAAAGGAAUAUUGGUGGUGUAGAGAGAGUGGCUCUAAUUGAGGAGUGUAGUGCUAUGUUACAAAACAAGUCUCCUCCUAAACUAAAGGACCCCGGUAGUUUCUCCAUCCCUUGUCAUAUAGGUGAUUUAUUCAUUGAUAAGGCUCUAUGUGAUUUAGGUGUUAGUGUGUCCGUCAUUCCCCUCUCUAUUUAUAAAAAGUUGAACAUGGGAGAAUUAAAAUGUACCACCAUUACUCUUCAAAUGGCCGACCAUUCUAUUAAAUACCCCUUAGGUGUUUUAGAAGACGUCCCCGUGAGAGUAGGUAUAUUCUAUAUUCCUGUAGACUUUGUUGUGCUUGAUAUAGCAGAGGACAACCAGAUUCCAAUAAUCUUAGGAAGGCCAUUCCUUCAUACUGCGGGGGAAACCAUUGAUGUUAAGAAAGGGAAGCUAACCUUGACUGUAGGGGAUGACAAGGUGACCUUUAACUUGUCUCAUGAAAUGAAAAGUCCAAUGCAAGAAGUGCCUUGUUCUUUGAUUGCCUCUAAUGCUAAGUUGCCUCAUUCUUAUUCUAGAAACUCUUCAAAUAAUGCACUUGGUUUGAAAGGGUUUGCAGGUGAUGAUGAUCCUGGUGAUGCAGUUGAUAUUAGUCCAACAGUUGGAGCAAGAUGUUCGGUGCUCGAUGGCACCAAGUUCAAAGCGAACGACCAAUGUUUGAAGUUAUACACUGAAGGAGCGUAUAUUGGAAAAUUGGAGACGAUAUAUCUCUCCGAUCCACCCAUCGACGCUUGA